AAAAAAAACUUUCAGACAGUGGGAACGGUUUGCAGGAAGCGGAAGUGUCACUGUAAGCGGAAGAGGUACUGCCCAGAACAACCGAAGAGCGAGGCGGAGGACGGGGACCCAAUUUGUGUCUUUUUAACGAUUAAAGUCAGAGUAAACGCCGUUCACAACCCUAAAAAUGGACAAGAGUGACCUGGUGCAGAAAGCCAAACUCGCUGAGCAGGCAGAGCGCUAUGAUGACAUGGCAGCAGCUAUGAAGGCUGUUACCGAGGGCGGUGUGGAGCUUUCCAAUGAAGAGCGCAACCUGCUGUCUGUGGCGUACAAGAACGUGGUGGGCGCCCGUCGCUCCUCCUGGCGUGUGAUCUCCAGCAUCGAGCAGAAGACCGAGGGGAACGAGAAGAAGCAACAGAUGGCACGCGAGUAUCGUGAAAAGAUCGAGACUGAACUGCAGGACAUCUGCAAUGAUGUGCUGGGUCUUUUGGAGAAGUUCCUCAUUGCCAAUGCUUCUCAGGCAGAGAGUAAGGUGUUUUACCUGAAAAUGAAAGGCGAUUACUAUAGAUACUUAUCUGAGGUCGCAUCUGGAGAAUCCAAGACCACCACGGUCGAGAACUCUCAGAAGGCUUACCAAGAUGCUUUUGAGAUAAGUAAGAAGGAAAUGCAGCCCACACACCCUAUACGGUUGGGUCUUGCCCUCAACUUUUCCGUUUUUUACUACGAGAUCCUCAACUCUCCUGAGAAUGCCUGUCACCUCGCUAAGACGGCUUUUGAUGAAGCCAUUGCUGAGCUUGACACUUUAAAUGAGGACUCCUACAAAGACAGCACCUUGAUCAUGCAGCUUCUAAGGGACAACCUUACUCUUUGGACGUCAGAAAACCAGGGCGACGAAGCAGGCGACAAUGAGAACUAGGGGAGCCGCACUGAUCUCCAAAUACCCACACACAUCCACCUUAAAUACACAAAUGGCUUCCACCAACCCUCCCACCUCAUUCCACCCUACAGCACCCACCCCUCUCCAUCCAGUUCCCAGCCCCGCUCCCCUAUACCUUCUGAAUGAUGAUCAGCACCUGCAGGAAGACGCUCGGCGAAGCCCCCGUGGCUGGGAGGGGGGUGGGUUAGUGGCUCACAGGGUGACAUGCUGACAUUAGAGCAGGUCCAGUCAUUUUGUUUGUGAAUUUAACGUGUACUGAUUAUCAAUCCCUGUCCUUUAUGCAUGUCUGAGUGACUGUAAGUGUGUAUGUGCUGCUAACGGAGAGUAACAGUGUGUGUGUGUGUGUGUGUGUUUGAAAGUGAGAGUGAGUGUAUUGGGGAUCGGGGGUUGUGAACUCUAAUCGUCCUUCCUGAUAAUUCCCUUUGUUCCACUUUAGCUGGUUGUGCAUUUUUCAUCCUCUUUUUUUGUUUUUGUUACAAUCAUAUUUUUUUUAGUAUAAUUCAUCGGUAUUUACAGGUUUUAUUGUAUGGUUAUUAAACUGGCAGUUUAUUUUCACCAAA